UUCACUCCUCUCUACUUUUCUCUUCCUUUUUUUCUUGGUUAAAGAUUUAUUUACAAUGGCUAGAUUCAAGAUAAACCAUCACUUCUUGUUUUCUUCUUCUAUUCUAAUCUUUUUGGUUGUACUUCCAACUUUAGUUACAGCAGAAUGUACAUGUGACGAAGAAGACGAGGAUCGUGAUAGAGGAAAAGCUAUGAGGUACAAAAUAGCAGCUUUGGUAUCAAUUUUAAUUGCGAGUGCAGUUGGGGUGUGUAUUCCUCUUCUGGGCAAAGUCAUACCAGCGUUGAGUCCGGAGAAGAAUGUUUUCUUCCUAGUAAAAGCUUUUGCUGCCGGUGUGAUUCUAGCCACUGGAUUCAUCCACGUAUUACCGGAUGCUUUUGAGAAUCUGACCUCACCUUGCUUGAAAGAGCAUCCAUGGGGAGAUUUUCCCUUUACUGGGUUCGUGGCAAUGUGUACUGCCAUGGGAACUCUCAUGGUGGAUACUUAUGCCACUGCUUAUUUUCAGAAAUACCAUUCCAAAGAAGUACAGAAUGAGAGUGGAGAUGUGGAGAAAGAGACAGGUCACGAAGGACAUGUGCAUCUUCACACGCAUGCAACGCAUGGCCAUGCUCAUGGCUCUGUUCACUCCCACGAUCACUCUUCCCAGCUUCUACGCCAUCGAGUCAUAUCCCAGGUGUUGGAGUUGGGAAUUAUUGUUCACUCUGUUAUCAUUGGAAUUUCAUUGGGAGCUUCAGAGAAUCCUAACACCAUAAGACCAUUAGUAGCUGCGUUGACUUUUCAUCAAUUCUUUGAAGGCAUGGGACUUGGAAGCUGUAUAUCUCAGGCAAACUUCAAGAGAGUAUCUGUUACAGUGAUGGGAUUGUUCUUUGCAUUGACUACUCCAGUAGGAAUUGGAAUUGGCAUAGGAAUUUCAAGUGUUUAUGAUGAGAACAGUCCAACUGCUCUUAUUGUGGAAGGAGUUUUUAAUGCAGCUUCAGCAGGGAUCUUAAUUUACAUGGCUCUUGUUGAUCUUCUUGCCAAUGAUUUCAUGAGUCCAAGAAUGCAACAAAGUAGCAGACUCUGUUUUGGAGCUAAUGUUUCUCUUUUGCUUGGAGCUGGUUUGAUGUCUCUCAUAGCUAAAUGGGCUUAAGAAAUACUUAAGAUAGAACUAAGUGUUUUCAAGUAAUCUCAUUUUCUAGUCAAGAGAGAUAGAUGAAUAGACAUUCCUCGUUACAAUCAUGGGGGCGUUCGUAGUAUCCGAGGAGAUUAAAGACCAAAAAAAUGAGUUAUUUAAAAGUCAAGUGUUUUAUUCUUGUAGUUUUUUUCAUUAGGGAAAGAUUAGGAAAAUCUUAAAGAUUGUAAUUUUCUCCCAACCCGAAUAAAAGCAUGAAAAAACGUAUUAGAUGUUCUGUACAAAA